AUUCUACGACAUUCUCAUUGCAAUUACCUGGAUUUUCUUUUUCUUUGUCUUUUUGUUUUUGUUUUUGUGGGAUGUGAACGUGACUGAUAACAGUGGAUUGUAAUUUCCUUUUUCCAGUUUGUCAGAGAUUUACUUGGAUGAUUUUUGUAAAAUCUCUCAGAUGGGUGUCUUUAUUAUUUUCUUCUUCUUUCUUUUACUAAAUUUUCGUGGUUUGAAUCUCGAUCUUACAUUUUUCUACUUUGGGGAUUAUAUGUCUAUCUCUUGUUUUUUAUUUUGUGAUGGGAUUAAACUUGGAGAUCUUCCAAACUGAAAUGCGGCGAAAAUUUAGCAUCCUGGACAUCUGUGCUAUGCGUGCAAAAUUAGGAGUGAGAUAUGGAAACAUACUAAUGAUUAAGUCUCAAUAAAUGUAGGUGUAGAAGUUGGUAUACCUUCAUAUAAAAAUAUAGAUCCUGAUAAGAAAGUCUUUAGAUCUGUGUAAAAUCUGUUAUCUUCUGUCAAUUUGCAAGAUGAACCCACAGAGUCAAGGAACUAGCUCUUCUUCUCCAGCGGACCCCCCGUUGAAGCGCAAACGUGGACGUCCUCGUAAGGAUGAGAGCAUGGUACAGGGGGAGAACAUGCCUGCAACUGCAACUCCUUCAGCUGACAGUUUGAAGAAAAAUAAACAGUCUGUGGGAACGGCUGGUGCUGUUAGUGACGAAAUGGUAGGUAAAGUGGUUUCUGGUGUCAUUGAGGGCUCAUUUGAUGCUGGGUAUCUUCUUAAAGUUAAGGUAGGAGAUACUGAAACUCAUCUGAGGGGUGUUGUGUUUCUACCGGGCAGAUUUACUCCCAUCACAGCCUCAAAUGAUGUGGCUCCAGAAGCAAAAAUGUAUAGAAGAACAGAAAUGCCAAUACCAGUACCAACUAGACCAAGUCAAGUCCCUGGUCCUGUUCCUUCAUCAGAAGAAAGAGAUAAGCAACCUGUUGAGCUACAACACCUUGCACCAAUAAAUCAAGUCAAAAGCUUAUCAUCUGAACUUCAGUCCAGUGUUCCGCUUGCUCAGGAAAACCAACCUUCUUCCAAUAUGCUUCCUUUGAUUGAUAACCUGCCACCUAUGAGUACCACAAAAUCUUCCUUGGGAGGUGGAGUUGCAUCACAGCAAAUUCUGGAGUCAGUAACUGGAAGCCAAUCUGCCUCUGUUAUGGCAAAUAUGGGGCAUGAAAAAGUAACUGGGCGAAAUGAUAUGCUGAAAGAAUUUGAAGCUUCAUUAACAGAACUUCCUAAUGUGAAUGUGGAGGCAACUGAGCAAUCAAAAGCAAUGCCACAUUCUGCGCCUCCUAUUCAUAGUUUUCCUGGCAGCGGAACUAUUAAUCCUGAGCAGGAAAUCCAACCUCAAAUUGUAAGUAACAACUUCAAGCCAAGUCAGGUUUGUGACGGAGUAAAAAUUCCUAAUCUUGAGCAUAACCAUGUUCCUGUAAUCACUGAACCCGGAAUUAUGUCCACUGAACCAUUUGGAACAAAAGUGUGGGCAGAGAAACAGGCUUCUCCAAAGAAAGUUGAACCACCAGAGCUUCCUGUGAAAAUCUUUAGUGGAACUGACGCAACCCAGUUAAAUGGGAGGCCUAUAAGUCAUGCACCUAAGAUUACAAAUGCAGAAACAGAUUCUGCUCCAUCAACCGGCCUUCCAGCAAUACUGUUUGAGAGAGAAGCUAUUCCAUCUGAACCCAAGCUUACCAGUGAAGGAUCUUCUCUACAAAGGAUGAUUGAACCCCAGCUGUGUAAUUCUGGUGGCCCGAACAUCACGAAGGAAGAUUCUGAUUCUGCACCAGUGACCGGCUUGCCUGUGAUGCUGUUUGAGAGAGAAGCUAUUCCAUCUGAGUGCAAGCUUGGUAUUGAUGGACCUGUUCUUCCUAGAAUGACCGAGCCUCAGUUGUGCAUCUCUCCAGGUGUGAGCAAUAGUAUGGAUUGUAACUUAAAGGAUGCAAUUCCUCCAACAGAAUCUUAGCUUAUCUAUUGGUAUAAAAUUUGGCUUCUGUCAAACUAAAAGAAAGAGGAAAAGAAACUGAUGGAAGUGGUGUAUUACAUCGCAUUUUUUGGAGAAUAAACAGGCAAUAUUGCCAUGGUCCAAAGUAUUAGAUAGAUGCUCAAAUAUAGACUCAGAUUACCAUCUGCUCUUAUGGUUUUGCAAUGUAAACUGCUGCUCUCUACCGUUUAUGUUAGAAAUGGACUACUGGAGGCAGAUUUUGAUGACAGUUUCUUUGCAUAUUCCAGAAGCAACUAAGCUGAAACUUUCAAUUCUUUUUUCAUAAGUCUUCUGUUAGACUCUCUA